GGCGGGCUGGAGCGCCGGGAGGUCACGGCUGCUGCGGGGCGCCUUCGCGGGAAGUGGGGAAGGAUGCGAGAGGAGGACCGCCCCAGUUGGUGUCGCUGGCUGCGAAGAUGGCGCUGAACAGGAACCACUCAGAGGGCGGCGGGGUUGUGUUGCCCCACGGGGAAUGCAUCAUCAAGCAGUGUAAAGAUGUGGAAUUGACCUUCUCUGAUGUGACCGGCAAAUCUGAUAUCUUCAAAGGCACCAAGAAAGGGAUGGUGUUACUUACCCCUUACAGAGUUAUCUUUUUGUCCAAGGGCAAAGACCCAAUGAUGUCCUUCCAGAUGCCAUUCACCUUGAUGAAAGGAUGCUCUAUUGAACAGCCAGUAUUUUCUGCUAAUUAUAUCAAAGGAGUGAUUCAAGCAGAACCGGGAGGUGGCUGGGAAGGUCAGGCUUCAUUUAAGAUGAUCUUCUGCAGUGGAGGUGCCAUUGAAUUUGGGGAAUUGAUGUUCAGACAGGCCAGAGAUGCUUCCAGGGGAGUACCUGUUCAGAGCUUUGGCUAUGGGUUUGCAUAUAUUGCUGGGGGCUAUGCCCCUCAUCCACCUGUUCCAGGAAGUUACUUAUCAGCACCAGGGGCUUAUGUUACUUCACCGCCUGCUGCUGGACCGUACCCUUACAUGAAUGGAUACGGACCUGCACAACCUAUGGGAUAUCCGUAUGCGCCUCCUCCAGGCAUGUAUCCACCACCAGGUGGGAUGUAUAUGGCACCUCCUCCUCCAUAUCCUGGCCCUUCUGCUGCAGGCCCUUCAGCCCCUACAGCCUGGGCGGAGCCUGGAAUGCCAGGUGGCAACAAAGCAACACCUGCAACUUCUAGUGCAUAUUAUAACCCUGCCGAUCCCCAUAAUGUCUACAUGCCUAUGGGUCAGCCGCCUCCUUAUUCACCACCCGAGGAGAAAAAAAACAACUAGCAGGAGCCCAGCAGCCAACCUCCCUUGUGUGUUUUUGCCCUUGAAGACCUCGUUGCCACCACCUCUGGCUCUCUGUUACUAGAUCAUUCAGUGUCAAUAACAUAUAUCAUGUUGGGUGAUUUAACAUCAACAGCUCUUAAAACUCUUGUCAGGGCAAUACAAAAUGACAGUGAUAGUAACACUUUCCUGACUGUUUGGAUUUUCUCCUGGGGCCAGGACGGAAAUGCUGUGACUGUUUCAGCCUUUUAGUUUGAAGGAGAGGUGAAUUACCCGCACUGCAAAGGAAGACAAGUCCCAUGCAUAGAAAUGAAAUAUUGGACCUCUUUGCAUGAAGCAGAACUCUUUUAAAAUUCACAAAUAUGAAUAUAAAAGAAGUCUUAUGCCCAUUGGCAUCAGUGCAGUGUUAAAGUUUUAACUGUGCAGUUUAAUGCAUAAGAGGGAAUCCUGUAAAUAUGUUGGAGACUUCUGUCUCCUUACUGGGUAAGUGGCAUGGCAGACUUCGGGGGAAAGUCUGCCAGCAUCUUUUUAAAAAGUCCAGUUGGUUGGAUGGGGAAAGGCCAGAAGACUAACCAGUAGCUGUUACUGUAUCUUCCAUUACAUGGGGGAAAUCACACAGCAAAGAUUUUGUUUGCUCUUUGGAUUCUGAUCACUCAUCAUGAAAGAGAAGUACUGAGGUGUUACAGAUUUCAUACACUAGAAUUCUCAGUUGCUUUCCUUAUGACUGUGGAUCUCAAGUGUAUCUGAUCUUUUGCAGUGGGUGGGACACAGUAACAGGUCUCAAAUCUAAAUGAGGCCAGGUUCUGGCAGAUGGAAGAUCUGUUUAUAUGAACUGGAAGCAUUGUGAAACUAGGGACCUGGUGAACAGAACAAAGGGUGUAGUUCCUGCAUCCUGCAGUUGGGACCUGUGCGGAGAAUCUUCUGGAAACCAGUCCCAUCCUUGCUCAGCAUUCCUUUGUCCACAGUAACAGAGAUAAGUGUAUUUAGCAGGAAGGUGUCUUGUCAGAGAUGAACACUGAAGCCAUUUCUCCAGCUUGGCCUUUGUGCAGGUUGAGCUAGGCAUGAAUGUAACUAGAAGCAUUGCACAAUGCAACAAAACUAUGUGAGCAAGGGACACUAUUGGAAAAACUAGCUUAACUUUGAGUGAGGAAGGCAAGAACUGUGACUUUUUUUAGCCUUGUGCUGCUUUCUGGAAACUUUUGUUAGAAUGCCUUUCUUAACAAAGCUGUUGCUAAGAGGAGUCUGGUUUAGCUGCAACUUGACUUAUUUAGUUCUAAAGAGAACGCAUGUUCCUUUUGAUGGAUGGAGGGGAUAUUGGGGAAUUUUUCCUUGAACAGACUAGGACUUUUUCCCCCACAAGAGCUCAAGACACACUGUGGUAUCAGUUUCCCCCUCUAGUAGCUGAGCGGGCAUUACUCAGUAUUACAGACGUGGGAGGUUCUUUUUUCUAAUAAAAUCUUUUAACUGGAAUCCAAGAUGCUUACAGCUUUCUACAAUAUAUCUA